AUUAAUGAUAUUAAAAUUAAUAUUUGUAUCAAUUCUGAUUGUGAUAAAAUGAGUUUUAUGACAAUGAAAAAAACAAAGAAAUUAGAAUUAAAAAUUAAACCAGCUGAUAAAAAUAAUUAUUGUAUAAGUGUUGGUGGUCAAUCUAAAAUAGAAG